GAAAACAUAACAAGUCCGUGUCAGUAGACAAUCGGACAGCCAUCAGUAAAUAUCACCGGCACUUUGGGCGCGCGCAGCCUGGCAGACAGAAUUUGUCCGUCGGAAGCGUAUGAUCGAUUUUGCGCGCGCGCAUACUUAAGAAGAUUUAUCGAGGAUCGCCAAUCGAACGUCGGUGCGCAGACGGUCAAAGCGAACUUUCCGGCGACGAAUUGAUUGAGGUUUUCACCGCCACUGCAACCUGUUGAGUUGUUCUUUUUUCACUCGGAAAGAGGCCGGGAACCGGGUAGUGGACAUGCAUUGUGUGAUAUAUCGGUGAUGGAGAAGAGCAGAGGCAAACAAACAAACUGCAAUCGGCGGUGAACAGAGACAAAAAAAAAACAAACGUUCUCAGGAAGCGUGUGAAGUGAUUGUGCAGCUCCUCGUGCGCGCCUUGCCUCCCGUGGCGGACAGGGCGAGUCAAAUAAAAUGUGAUAUUAUUUAUUGUUUGAAAAAUUGGAUAUUUCAAGAACCAGGGAGUGAAAAAAAGUGCACCGAUAAUGCUGGAGGUUGAAAAUUGAAAUUUCAAGUGAAGUGACAGGGCGAGAUAUUGUUACUGGCAGGACCGAGAACCGGGCCUGCGGUGUGCAACUGACGCUUCGGUACAAGUGCAGCAGCGGUUUGCAGUGGCGAGAAUGUUGAAAUGCGAGCAGCCGAUAUGAGCUGGAUUUUUAAUUAGGUUCGAGUAUGAGUGGAAAUAUUUCAUCGAAAUUAUUCGUUUUGAAUUUGUGAUCCAGUUUCGCGGGAGUCCGAGGUGUGGUGUUCGUCCUCCGCCGGCUGAAAUCCUAUCAGCAAACGGACCACAAAGCCCACACACACCCGGUUGCCGAGAAGAAGCCCUCUCUCUCUUCAAACUGGUACAAAUAUUUUGCACUUAAAUAUCAUAAAAUGUCACUGGAUAACAGUGUGGACGAGGAGUACGGUUCCAGCCUUGGUGAAACAGAACCGAUGGGACCGUUCAAAAGGAUAAAGUUGGAAAGUGACAUCGAGAGCCAUAACGGAAGCUUUGGUGAACUGCUCAGUAGCAUCAAGAGUGGGUUGGACAUGCGCAUACGAGGUGGGGAUAGAGCCGAGGUGGGAGCUGCUGACGGUUUCGGAUCGGGGGUGCUUGAUCGACAAGCAGGAGGUGGCAGCUUCGGUGACAGUGGCAGUGGCCUGAAUAACAACAACAAUGACACAUUCAACAACAACAACAAUUCUAUUAAAACUAAACCAACCGACGUUGAUGAGGUGAAAUUUGGCGAGUUUAGCAAAUUUUUGGCCGAUAGCGAGAAGGAUGAGAACAUGGCUACAGUGUUAGAGCUGCUACAUGAGAACUAUGGGUUGAUUCAACGGUACGCUUCCGGCUACGAUUGCAACAGUGAAAAGUGCCAGUAUGAGAACCUGCACGAGCACUUCCACUGCUACGAUACGUUCUGCCGGGGGAAGGUCCUGUAUAAAAAGUACGAAAUUAUCCGCCAUCUCAAGUGGCACAAGAAGCGAAAGGAGUCCCUCAAGUAUGGAUUUUAUCGGUUCUCCUCGUCGGACGACUGCAGCAUCCAGUACGGCCAUUGUCAACAUAACCACAAGCAUACGCACUACCACUGUGUGCACGACAACUGUAAUAAGGUGUACAUCAGUACCAGUGACGUGCAGAUGCAUGCCAAUUACCACCGGAAGCACGAGGCGAUCGUCAAGAAUGGAUUUCAACGGUUUCGAGCCACCGAGGAGUGCAAUACAGAGCAUUGUGUUUUCCGGGGACAAAAAACGACACAUUUUCACUGUCGGCGGGAGAAUUGCAAAUACACCUUUAAGAAUAAGGCUGAUAUGGAAAAACACAAAACCUACCACCUGAAGGAUGAGAUGUUGCUGCGCGAUGGGUAUAAAAAGUUUCUUAAAUCGGAGGAUUGCACCUACAAGAACUGUCGCUUUUCACGCGUCUGCAAUCACAUACACUGCAUGCACGAAAAUUGUCACUAUGUGCUGCAUUCGAGCGGCCAGUUGCUGAGUCACAAGCGCAAACAUGAACGCAUGGAUACGGAAGUGGAUUAUCGCCGUUUUCAGAUGGCUCGUAAUUUGCUUAGUAAAUUUAACACCUUCCGGCCGGAGGAAGGAUCCGCCGCAGCAAAAGAGGAGGAUGAAACGCCGAGUUUUCCGCUUUCUACCGAAACGGUGGUAAGAAAUCCAGUUUUGGAUUUGCUCGCGGUUAUGUCCGAGCUCACCUUCAGGGCACUUCCUCUCCAAAUGAUGCUUCACAUGAGGAUGCAAAUGCUGCAGAACAUGAGUUAUGAGCAGCUGCUAGCACCGGAAAAUGUCGAUGGGUUGAGAAGAAUAUCGGAGUGUGGAAUUGGGGAUGAAUACAUUCGUCAGUUGUAUAGAUUGAACGAGAAUAUUUUAAAUUUUAACGAGCGAAUCUCAGCGGAAAAAGAUGUGACUUUUUCUGGGGAAAUUUCAUCAAGCCCGGGUAGUUCGAAAGCCUUCAGUAACCCGAUCGAACCAAUAUCCCUCAAGAGAAAACUGGAUACAGAUGAAUGCGGCAGUCUCCCAACGCUAGACUCCACGAUUUUUCGAAACAAGGAGUCAACUUCAAUCCUCAACAAAACUAAACUUCUAUCCAAUCCAUCGGUAGACUAUCGGCUCCUCAAAAAAGAAGAUUCUCAAUCAGGGGAAUCUGCUGCGGAAUCGAACACUUCGCCAUUAGAUCGUCAGAAAAAUUUACUGGAAAGCGCCAACUUCCUUCAGUUCACAUCGAGCAAAACGCUGUUCAACCGGAAGCGAGGUCGGCCACGGAAGAAUCACGUGAUGGAAGUUUACAAUAACGUUCAGGAUUCUCCCCAAGCCAUCUUCACCAGCUUCAAGCUGGAGAAGAAUGACAGCAAACAAUCGGCGGCGGCCGAGCAGCAGCUCAAGGAACAACCGAUUGAACUCCGAAAAGAACCACACCAGAAAAGUGACGAAGAAGAUUGUUCCGGAAAGCGUGCUGCUGGAAGUCUUUCAAGGCCAUUUUUCCCCACCAGCAGUUGGGAACCAGGACCAACGUCUCUCUUCGGUACUCCCGACUUCGGGGGAUUCUCGCAGAUUCUGGAGCGACACAUGCGAGAUAUUAAAACAGAACCUAGUGCUACUGUGACGCACGAACUUGAUCUUUCGACGAAGGAUAAGACUCGAAAUCAGCUCAAGUGUGUAAUAUGCAACAACCAUUUCGAAACCUUCGCCGCCAUUAAAGAGCACAAUUGCUCCGGAAAAGAACCGGAGAAACCGCUGUUCGCGUUUCCUCCGGGUCUGGCCAUGCAUCAGGCAGCAUCACUGAAAGCCUUGUAUCCGCUAGAAACAGAUCCCGGUCGGGUGAUGUUUCAACCCGCCCCACUAGUGGCAGGCCUUCCACCGCAAACGGCUUCCAAAGAGUCCGUUUCGUUGGUGAAAACUACCGGGACAUUCUUCCCGGACGUAAAUGCAAAUAAGUUGAAAUAUUUUUGAGGGACUUCAGAUUACUUCGAGGCAGCAGUGAGUGUCAUCAUAGAUUAUAUAGAGGCUGCUUUGUGGAACAAACUUCACAAAGCUGGUACAGAGAUACACCCAUCGUGUCAUAGCGCCAGACGAGUCUGGCAAGGGUACAUACAUGCCAUAAACAAUUGGCCAUACAAAACGCUCAAUGAGUUGAUAGAACCUAAUAUUAUAGCGAUGCGAAUAUGUUAACGAAGAAGCUAGAUCGAUUUAUUUUUAACUAUAAGUACUUUAUUUAGUUACAAAAGAGAGAAAAGUGUAUUAUACAAUCAGUGAGAGUCAUAAAGUACUAUGAACUAGUUAGUAAUAAUUUACUGUGAUUUGAAGCCUUCAAAAAAUACAGUAACUAAAUUAUAGCAGAUAUGUAAACUUCUAUUGUAUAAUUUUUGCGUUAUAAAAUCUUUCUUUCUUUUUCUUUCUUUCUUCUGUUUUCGAGCCUAAGCCGUCACUGUCAGCUCGAUGGGUGGAGGGCCAGUUGCAGCGACUAUCUGCCGGUAACCGCGAGUCAGUCCCAUCUGUAAAAAUGUUAAAACGAGAAAACAGCUUCGAAAGAUAUUUCAUUCACGCUCAGUUAUCACUUAUUUAAGAUGAAUUAUUUUGACAAUAUUCAUGCUAGAAAAUAGUUUGCAUACUAGCCUGCACUAAUUACGUUGUAAAAACCAUUGAUAUAAUUGAUUUUAUGAUAAAAACCUUGAGUGUGACUGACUUGCCGUUAUAUUCUACACCGAAGAGAAAAGUAACCGCAAGUCAGUCACAUUGCCGUGUUGAAACUAUAGUGCGUGUUGACGUGUUGUUAUUCGUUGCCGUGGAAAACUGUCAAUCGUUCGCUGUUAGGAAGUGUGUGUCCAUGAGAACCUUUUAAGAAAUGUCGACGUUGGAAAAUCUCAUGAUGUACGGAACCGAUGAAAGUUUAUCCGGUGAGGACUCGGAUAAAGAAACUGAAGCCGGGACUGCAGUUGGUUCAUCCGACAACAAAUGUCAAGAUGAUCCAAAUCCAUUUGAGGUUUGAGCAUCACCUUUGGAGAUUUCUUGGAACGAUUCCCUGGAUUCUGAUGGAAGUUUUUUCGAUACUCAAGAUUUUGCGGAUAGAUCCACGAAGAAGCGAACCAAGAAAAAAAAUUGACUUGAGUUCGUAUUAGCAGAAAAUUGCUCCACAUAAAUUCAUCACCAAUUCAAACUAAAAAAUAAUCCCAAUAAUUGAUAAUUAUUACUAGAUAACUUAUUUUCAUCUAAACGGUCGUAUCGAACUCUUUUUUACUCCCCAUUCAUUCUACUGUUGUAUUAUGCAUGUUUUUUUGUAAAUCUGGACUGACUUUCGGUUAUUUUUCUUCUGGGCCUGACUUGCGGUUACUUUGCCUAAUAUGACAAUUCGACUUGGUAUUGAUUUCCACUUUUGUUGAACAAACCACUAUUUUUUAUCGGUACAUCUGAAAAUAUACUCAAAGCUAGGCCAAAAUACGAUGCUAACUCAAAAUUGACAGAAUUACAGAUGGGACUGACUUGCGGUUACCGGCAGUACAGGCGAAUAGUUUUAUUUAAUAGAAGGCCAACAGCUCAACGGAUAUGUACAUUAGAGUACAUAUAAUAUGCCCUGUCAUCACUUUUGUGGAUCGUUGGUAUAUCACGUAACUAUUUUUGCAGCUUUUCAUAUGU